AUGACUUUCUUCAGAUACCUGCUAGCUGUUCUGGUAUUGCGGCUUGCGCAUGGCGCCGUGGUCGGCGAGAGCCGCUGUACCAGGAAUAGCAUCAACCUCGGGAAGUUGAUCGACACGUUACUCACUGAUUAUGAUGUGCAUCUACUGCCACAUGCCGAGGGUGUUAAUGUUACGAUGGAAUUGCAUGUACAGAGCAUCUCCAAGAUCUCGGAGAUCACGGCCGACUUCUCGUUGGACGUGAUGUAUAGUGAGAUUUGGGAGGAUCCGAGGUUGUCGUUUAAGCAUUUAAAUGUCUGCACAACCAAUAUCACCUUAAAAAGUGAUUUUCGGAAGAAAAUCUGGACCCCAGAUACGUGUAUAAUUAAUAGCAAAAGCUCCCACAUCCACAGCUCACCCUCCGAGAACACAUUCGUAAUCCUCUACGAGAACGGGCUGGUCUGGAGUAAUUUUCGGUUACACGCCCAAGCCCCAUGCAAAGUCAACCUCGAAAUGUUCCCUUUUGACUCGUUGAGUUGUGAGGUGGUCUUAGAAUCAUAUUCCUUCAAUUCCGACGAGGUCCGGUUGUUAUGGCAUGACACGCCGGUCACAAUAAUGGAAAAAAUCGAGCUGCCCGACUUUGAAAUGACCGGCUGGUCGACGGAUCAUGCUCGGCUGGAGUAUCCGAACGGAAUUUGGGAUCGAGCUAAUGUGAAAUUUGUGUUUGCGCGGCGAUACGGGUUCUACCUUUUCCAAUCUUAUUUCCCGACGAGCUUGACGGUGAUCUCGAGCUGGGUCGGCUUUUUCUUCGAUGUUAGGAGUGUUUCGGCAAGAAUUACCCUCGGCGUUUCAUCCCUCCUCGCCCUGACUUUCCAAUUCGGCAACGUCCUUCGCCAUCUUCCGCGUGUCAGCUAUAUCAAGUGCCUUGACGUGUGGAUGAUUUUCUCCGUGAUUUUCAUCUUCAUGACGUUGGUGGAGUUGGCCAUUGUGUGCCAAUUGAAUCGUUGGGAAAGAGAGCGACAGAUCGGUUCGAAAGUCCUUGGCCAUUGGCUGAACCAAAUCAGAAAGACAAGAAAAGACACAAAGCCGGCGAACGGCGGCAACGAAAGUGGUGGAGGACUUCGGAAACGGCUGCUAGGGUUUGGAGGCGGAAACAAGGACAAGGAGAAGGAGAAGGAGAAGGAGCCGGAACAGCCGAAAGACAACCAACUCCACACCGUCCAACCCACCUUCACCCCGCCGCCAAUCGCUGCCAAUAAUAAGCUUAUUGAAAAUGGCAACGAGGACCCGGAGUUCGACAUUCGGCCCACCAAGAAGAAACGCGAAUUUCGGAAGGCCGUGCAGCGGCUAUUUUAUGUGUUUUGCCCGCCAGACCGCGACUGGACGGUUACGAGUGUACAGGUCGACCGAUGCUCAAUGAUUAUGUUCCCAUUGUCAUUUUUGUUCUUCAAUGUUGCAUAUUGGUCAAUAUACUUCAUGAAAAUGGAUCGCCCGUUA